AUGGCCUUGGAAACUAUCUCGUUCCAAACGUCCGACAGCGUGACCCUGCGAGGUUGGUUCUACAGACCGACAAACCCGUCUAGAUCUCAAGCACCAUGUUUGGUGAUGGCCCAUGGCUUCUCCGCUCUAAAGGAGAUUGAUCUAGGUACUUUCGCUGAAUACUUGGUCUCCAAGCUUGACUUGGCUUGUCUGGUUUAUGAUAACCGCGGCUUCGGUGAAAGUGACACCAAGCCUGGACAGCCCCGACAUGAGAUCAUUCCUUCUCAGCAAACAAGUGACUACUCAGACGCCAUUACCUAUGCCCAAUCUCGGUCCGACGUCGAUGCGUCGCGCAUCGGAAUAUGGGGAAGUUCUUAUAGUGGUGGGCAUGUCCUCUGGGUCGGGGCGGUUGACCGGAGAGUGAAAGCAGUGCUUAGCCAGGCCCCUUGUGUCGAUGGCUGA